AUGGCCGACGGCGAGGCGACAGUGGGCGAGCUGGCCGGUGGCGAGGCAGCAGUGGGCGAGCUCGGGAAGAACCACGGGCAUCUCGAUCCGGCCAUGGAUGGAGCUCCGAGCCGGCGCGGGUUGCGGCGAUGCAGAGAGGCCGCCUUGGAUGGCGCUCCGGGCGGCGCGGGAGGAGAGGAGGGGAGGGAGGCCGCCAUGGAUGGAGCUCGCCGGGGAUGGCCGCGGCGGAUGGCCGCCAGGCGCGAGGUGGGCGGUGCCGGGAGCGGAGGAGGGCCGGGGAUGGCCGCCGAGCGCGAGGUGGGCGGUGCCGGGAGCGGAGGAGGGCCGGGGAUGGCCGCCAGGCGCGAGGUGGGCGGCGCCGGGAGCGGAGGCGCAUCUUGGGGCGUGGGCGGCAUCGCUGUCUGGGUGUGGUCCUCAUAG